AAGAGGAAGAAGGAAAACAAUGCCUAAAGCAGAGCUGGUUAAUGCCACCUCAACACAGGAUGGUGCCAAAGAGCUGUGGAAAAACAAGGUGCACAGGAGUGUGUCGCAAUCCACGGACCUGCACCGGGCGUGUCCAACAGGUGCAAAGUGGACACAAGCUCAGCUGUCCCGGCGAUGAAAUGGGGAAAUGCCCGCCACUUCCACUCGAAUCAACCGACUGUCGAAUGGGUUCCACGAACUGUCCGCGCCUUAAGUCCGGCUGGAAAUCGGGAGAAAUUUGGGAGAAUGGUUGUCCCGGGAGAUUUUCAGGAGAGGCACUGAAAUUCAGGAGUCUCCUGAAAAAUUCGGGAGGGUUGGCAAGUAUGACUCAUCCCGCGGGCCGGAUAAAACCUGUUCGCGGGCCUGAUCCGGCCCUCGGGCCGUACGUUUGGCCCAUCCUCACCAUUCCGGACCCGCAGCGCCAGUUCGUCGUGGAGGUGGACGCUUCUAAUGAAGGAGUGGGAGCGGUCCUGUCUCAACGUUCUCAACAGGACGGCAAGAUGCAUCCAUGUGCCUUUCUGUCGCGGCGGCUGUCCAAAGCUGAAAGAAACUAUGAUGUCGGCAAUCGUGAGUUGCUGGCGGUGAAGCUCGCCUUGGAGGAAUGGAGGCAUUGGCUUGAGGGGGCCGAACACCCGGUCAUCGUCUGGACAGAUCACAAGAACCUGGAAUACAUAAAGAAGGCUAAGAGACUCAACUCUCGCCAGGCCAGGUGGGCGCUUUUUUUUAAUCGCUUUUCCUUCUCGCUCUCCUACAGGCCGGGGUCCCGCAACGUCAAGCCAGACGCCUUGUCACGAUUAUUCGACCCCGAGCUUGAGGCCAAGCAACCUGAGACUAUCCUUCCACUGAACUGUGUGGUAGGAGCGGUAACUUGGCCAAUAGAAAAAGAGUGAGCUGCGUCCCCGGGUGAUUUAUUGGGCUCACACCUCGC